AUGGCAAGUCGCAGCAGCAAGAAGCCGCUAGUUCUGACACGAAUAAAGGAGCUAAGCCCUUUGCUUUGCAGCAAGGAGGUGAACGUGAAGGCGAUUGUGCUAGAAUGUAACGUUUUCGACGAAGGUAACACCAGCAACAAUGCGACGCUACUAAUAGGCGAUGACUCGGGGUGCGUGAGCCUCGUGCUACCCAAGACAACAGCGCUGCAGGCGCAACUGGGAGAUAUCUUGCUUUUGUCUGGCACGCAAGUAGUGCUAAAGAGCAACCGCAUCUAUUUAUGGGGUGGCAAAGCGGAGCGCGUAGGCGAGUUUCUGCUGCUCUUUAAAGAGAGCGCCAACGUGAGCAACAUUACGUGGGUCAAGGACCCCAAGAACCCCGAUGUCCUGAUCCCAGGGCGCAUCCCAGCCAAUCGGGCUAAGCUACAGACUGCCAAGUAA